UUUCCUACCUCAAUUUUCUCGUUAGUUUCUUUAUUUAUUGUCGCGCUGUUUUCCUAUAAAUAUGUACGAGUUCGGCUCGACCAAAGCACUCCUCUGCGUUCUCUGUUGCGUUCACUACCCUUUUUGUUUCCGGUUUUUUUUCUGAGAGAAGAAUUUAGCCAUGGCCGACCGUGUGUUGACUCGAAGCCACAGCCUUCGCGAGCGUUUGGAUGAGACCCUCUCUGCUCACCGCAACGAUAUUGUGGCCUUCCUGUCAAGGGUUGAAGCCAAGGGCAAGGGCAUCUUGCAGCGCCACGAAAUUUUUGCUGAGUUUGAGGCGAUCUCUGAGGAGAGCAGAGCAAAGCUUCUUGAUGGGGCUUUCGGUGAAGUCCUCAAAUCCACUCAGGAAGCAAUAGUGUCGCCUCCAUGGGUUGCUCUGGCUGUUCGUCCAAGGCCAGGUGUGUGGGAAUACAUCCGUGUGAACGUCCAUGCGCUUGUUCUUGAGCAAUUGGAGGUUGCUGAGUAUCUGCACUUCAAAGAAGAGCUUGUUGAUGGAAGCUUGAAUGGUAACUUCGUGCUUGAGCUUGACUUUGAGCCAUUCACUGCCUCUUUUCCGCGGCCAACUCUUUCCAAAUCUAUCGGCAAUGGCGUCGAGUUUCUCAAUCGCCAUCUCUCCGCCAAGCUCUUCCAUGACAAGGAAAGCUUGCACCCUCUGCUUGAAUUCCUCCAAGUCCACUGCUACAAGGGGAAGAACAUGAUGGUGAAUGCCAGGAUCCAGAAUGUGUUUUCACUCCAACAUGUCCUGAGGAAGGCGGAGGAGUAUCUGACCGCCCUCAAACCCGAGACCCCGUACUCCCAGUUCGAGCACAAGUUCCAGGAGAUCGGGCUGGAGCGGGGGUGGGGUGACACGGCUCAGCGCGUCCUCGUGAUGAUCCAGCUCCUGUUGGAUCUCCUUGAGGCUCCCGACCCGUGCACUCUUGAGAAGUUCUUGGAUAGGAUUCCGAUGGUCUUCAACGUCGUGAUCAUGUCUCCCCAUGGGUACUUUGCUCAGGACAAUGUCCUAGGUUAUCCAGAUACCGGUGGCCAGGUUGUUUACAUCCUUGAUCAAGUUCGUGCCCUAGAGGAAGAAAUGCUUAUGCGCAUUAAGCAACAAGGACUGGAUAUUACUCCUCGGAUUCUCAUUAUCACUCGGCUUCUCCCAGAUGCGGUUGGAACCACCUGCGGCCAGCGCCUCGAGAAAGUUUUCGGGACUGAGCACUCCCACAUUCUUCGCGUCCCCUUCAGGAACGAGAAGGGGGUCGUCCGCAAGUGGAUUUCCCGGUUCGAGGUGUGGCCCUAUUUGGAAAGAUACACUGAGGAUGUCGCGAAUGAACUCGCUGGAGAGUUGCAGGGCAAGCCCGAUCUGAUCAUCGGAAACUACAGCGAUGGAAACAUUGUUGCUUCCUUGUUGGCCCAUAAAUUAGGUGUUACACAGUGUACCAUAGCUCAUGCCCUUGAGAAGACAAAGUACCCAGAGUCAGACAUAUACUGGAAGAAAUUCGAGGAGAAGUACCACUUCUCUUGCCAGUUCACUGCCGAUCUCAUCGCCAUGAACCACACUGACUUCAUCAUCACCAGCACCUUCCAAGAAAUUGCUGGAAGCAAGGAUACAGUGGGGCAGUAUGAGAGUCACAUGAACUUCACUCUUCCUGGACUCUACCGAGUUGUCCACGGGAUUGACGUCUUCGACCCGAAGUUCAACAUUGUCUCACCAGGGGCCGACAUGAGCAUCUAUUUCAACUACACUGACGAGAAGCGUCGGUUGAAGUCGUUCCACCCUGAGAUCGAGGAACUCCUCUUCAGCAAUGUUGAGAACAAGGAACACUUAUGCGUGUUGAAAGAUAAGAAAAAGCCCAUUAUUUUCACCAUGGCGAGGCUGGACCGUGUCAAGAACUUGUCAGGGCUUGUCGAGUGGUAUGGCAAGAACUCCAAGUUGAGGGAACUGGCCAACUUGGUCGUGGUCGGAGGCGACAGGAGGAAGGAUUCAAAGGACUUGGAAGAGCAGGCCGAGAUGAAGAAAAUGUAUGACCUCAUCGAGAAGUACAAGCUGAAUGGCCAGUUCAGGUGGAUUUCCUCCCAGAUGAAUCGGGUGAGGAAUGGAGAGCUCUACCGCUUCAUCUGCGACACGAAGGGAGUCUUUGUUCAACCGGCUAUUUAUGAAGCUUUCGGGUUGACUGUGGUUGAGGCCAUGACUUGUGGAUUGCCGACCUUUGCCACUUGCAAUGGUGGGCCGGCUGAGAUCAUUGUGCAUGGCAAAUCGGGCUUCCACAUUGAUCCUUACCAUGGUGACCAGGCGGCUGAGCUGCUUGUAGAGUUCUUCGAGAAGUGCAAGAUCGACCAGAGCUACUGGGACGAAAUCUCAAAGGGUGCCAUGCAGAGAAUUGAAGAGAAGUAUACAUGGAAAAUAUACUCUGAGAGGCUGUUGAACCUGACUGCUGUGUAUGGCUUCUGGAAGCAUGUGUCUAACCUUGAUAGGCGUGAGAGCCGCCGCUACCUCGAAAUGUUCUAUGCCCUCAAAUAUCGCCCGCUGGCUCAGUCGGUUCCCCCCGCUGUCGAGUAAACAAAGAGACGGCAGAUUGUUAUCGGAAGGCGGAAGCAUCGGACUUUUGGAGUUUUCAAGGAAUAAACAUUUUCCAAUUGUUUGAAUUUGUGAUUGCCAAGAGCAAGCUCUUUCAUUUCCCUUUUUGUUGCUCCUUUUUUUUUCUCUUUGUUUUCAUUCUGAGAAUGUUUGCAUUUCGGGUUUUGAACCAAGCAAUUCAGUGGAAGGUUCAUUUUCUUUUCA